AUGCUCUUUCUUGUUCCCUUUCUGCUGUUACUGCUUUCAGUGGUAUCAGCUCAAGAUACCUCGGCAACCCUGAGCGACCCGCCGUCCGUGUCCUUUUCUUCCCUCCCCACAUCAGUAUCCCUACCCCCGCUCAACUCUUCAAGCCCUGGCCUGCGGCUCAAUUUCACAGAUGUCCAAUCGCUCUACCUCACACUAUCCAUAUGCUCCCUCACAUCAAACACCUCCCUCCUACCCAGAGCCCUGAUAUCGGCCUCCAUGCCGCUCUCUUUUGACCUGGGGUCGAAAGCGGUUCGAGACCAAUCAUCUGGAGGCCUCACGGCCAGCGUAGGCGGGAAUGGUGUCAACAAGAGGAGUUCCAAAGAUGGGACUACGUGGGAAAUGGAGUGGAGCUAUGGUUUUGGAAACUGGAGCUGGUCAAGCAACGGAGGAGGUUACAAGGACGUCGGGGUAUUGUUCGGACUCGGGCUGGACAAGGAUGGGCAGACGUUGAACACGUCGAUGAUAGGAAGCGGGAAUGUCGUUAUGCAGCUCGAUGCGUCUACGAGAUCGCAACAAUCGGGUUUGACAGCGGCAUACCCCAAGCUUGGUGAUACCACUGCGUCCCAAGUACUAUUGUUCUCUCCGCUACUAUACUCUUCUAUCCAAGAACAACCUACCUAUCCAAACUAUACUCUGCCAGGCCCACAACUUGCCUUUCCCGACGUUGCAGAUUUGACAGCCGCCCCUGUCAAUUCGUCGCUCUCAAAAAACAUGACGCUCAUGGUCGUCCCUACCACAUCGUCCCCCUCAGAAAUAGGUCUCGACUUGUCCCAAUGCGCCGUCAAUGCGGCUUUCGCCAAUGCCAGCGUGUCGGGAGAUAACAAUACGGUUGUGAAAAGCGCUCGCCCAGAAUGGAUGGCGAUUGGAAACCAGGAAGGUUUCCGGACGUACUGGGUUUUGGGAGGCUUGGAGGCCGGUACCAACUAUACAGCGUGGAUUAAAGAUGAUAAAGAUAUCAUGAGUAGACCCGCGUGGUUUGGCACAAAGAAUGCGUCGUUCCCGUGCCAACUGACCUUGCCAAACGAUAUUUGCCCCAACAUUGGCUACUCUGCCCCUCUUUCUCCCAACGCCACCACAAUAAACUCACCAACCGGGGAGCUGAUAUCCAACACGACCCCGAUCACAUCCUUUCCCGAUGAGAUUGCCGACGUCCUGGCAGACAACCUGCAAGCCUUUUCCACCAGCCUUCUGACUCGGGCGUGCGGGCGAGAUCUGUUUAGCCACGUUUCGACGUGUGCCGAUUGUUACUCGUCCUACCGCGAUUGGCUUUGCCGCAUGGUCGUCCCCCAAUGCGGGCCCGACUAUGUCAAUACGACAAGCACGUCGACGUCUUCGUCUUCUGCCUCGUCCACCAUAUUCCCCCUCCCUUCUACCACCCCUCGCACCGUCGAUAACCCGCGUAACGAAGACCUUCCCGACGCACCGUAUGAUUACAACGAACUCCUGCCUUGUUUGAGCGUGUGUAACAAGGCAGAUAGGCAGUGUCCCGUCUGGCUGGGGAUCAGAUGCCCAAAGAGAAAAGUGAAUGCGGCAAAGAGUUAUGCGUUUGUGGGUGAGCAUAGCUCUUUCGGGGACGGAAGUGCAGAGCUGGGGAUGGCUAGCGAGGAUAGGUGGGGAAACAAGUGGUGCAAUGGGUAG